AUGUGCACCAAAUUCCAGGUUCCUGUUCCUUGGUUUGCUUAUUGUGCCCCCCGCCCCGCCCCCGCCCAGCAGUUUAACCACGAAAAUUUAAUGGAAAACUGAACAAGCUGCCGGAGGGAGUAUUGCUUGUCCAGAAAUGCUGGAGUACAGUUUGAUCUAAGCAGAAAGAAAAGCGGUGCUCCUAUUGCUGAGCGCUUAAGUUGCUCAUAUUGGUGUGUGGUAUAGUGGUUAGAGUAUCAGACUAGGAUCUGGGAGGCUGCCCUGCACAACUUUGGUGUUUGCAACCCACAAUUCACCCCGUGGGGGAGGAAGCCAGGCAAGCAGGCGUCCGAGAGCGCUCCCUGAAUUGCGGGUUGCAAAGAUGCAAAGACCAAACUUGUGCAUGGCAGCCUUUGAGGCUGGAGCGGAUUAACUUGGCUGGGAAACAGGGCAAUGUAAAUAUCUCUUUUGUUCCACUUGAUGGGUGUUUGGUGGAGGGCAAGGGGAACCAUGGGGCAGGGUCCAGGAUGCUCAGAUUACUGCCACCAGACCUCCCCUUUCAUGAUGUAACCGUGAUGUCUUACUGUUGUAGUUUGGGGGUGUGUAACAUGGGGAUUAGCAGCUAAUAAAAGUUUGGGUUCUCUUUUGUUGGGGGCUUCCAUCUUGUUCCACCUGGUGGCAGGUGGGAGUCCUGUCGCCACAGUCUUCAAUCAAGACCAAGCCUCCUGGCUGCUGUUUUGCUCUGGGAUUCCUGGCUGGUGUCCUUGAUUUCUGUCCAAGGGAGCCCUCAGAUUUCUCCGUUAACAGAGGCCAGCCAUUCCCCCUGCUGUGGGGCUGGGGGGUGGCAUGGUCACCAGAUCCUGCCCCGAUUCCUGCACUGCAGGGGGUUGGACUAGAUGACCCUGGGGGUCCCUUGCAGCCCUAGGAUUCCACGAGGAGGCAGCCCAGCUCUGGGCCUGCAAGCGCAGCCGCCCCGCCGCUGCCUGGGCCCGGCUCCCGGGUCGCCAUCGGGCAGGGAUGGAGGGAUUCUCCCACAAUGCACCUGGCCAGGCCAGGCCGCCCCCCCGCCUCCCCUUUUCCUAUUGGCCCAGCGCCCUGGCGUGACGUGCGUGCGGAGGGUGCGCGCGCCGCUCGGGCUCGGCUGCCCGCUCUGCCUUCCCUCCCGCGGGGCCUUGUCCGAGGCGGGCUGCCCUCGGCGCUGCCUGAGCCCCCGCCCGCCGCCAUCUUGCGCCAGGCCCCCUCCCCUCGCCCGCCGCCCGGAGGCCGACCCAGGCGCGCCGGGGACCCUCCGCGCCGCCGCAGCCUCCGUACCGCCGGGGGCCUCCCGCAGACGCCCCCGCGGCCCCUCAGCCGCCCGCUCCCUCCGGCCCGGCACCCGCCCGGUCGCCAUCGCCGCUUCCCUCGCCCGGCGGAGGGAUUCUCCCGCCGGACCCCGCCGGCGCCGGGACUACUUCCGAGGGCGCGUGGGCGGGCGGGCGGCGGCGGCGGCGCUGCUCCGGCUUCUUUCCCCCCGGGGUCUGGUUGCUCUCUCGUCGGGGGAAGCGUCAGGCCGGCCGUUUCCUCGGAGAAAUCUGGCGGGCCGCGGGGGACUACUUUUUCUCCGCGGAAGGCUUCGAGGGCGUCAUUUGCGUAAGUGCGCGAGGUGAAGGGAAGGGCGUGCGGAGCGCGUCACAUGAUGGCUCUGCGUCACGUGCCGGGGCGGAAGGGAGGCUCUGGCCUUGUGCCGGGGGACCGUCCUGGGCGGGCGAGGGGCUUCCCUUCCGGGGGGGGGGGGCUCUGGCAGGGCCGGGCCGAGGGGGAGCCGGAGCCGCGGGUGGGGCAGGGCUCGCCUCAGGCAUUGGCAUGGCUGUCAACUCGUUGUUGUUGUUGAGUCAUGUCCGCCUCUUGGUGACCCCCUGGACCAGAGCACGCCAGGCCCUCCUGUCUUCCACUGCCUCCCGCAGUUUGGUCAAACUCAUGUUUGUAGCUUCGAGAACACUGUCCAACCAUCUCGUCCUCCGUCAUCCCCUUCUCCUUGUGCCCUCCAUCUUUCCCAGCAUCAGGGUCUUCUCCAGGGAGUCUUCUCUUCUCAUGAGGUGGCCAAAGUCUUGGAGCCUCAGCUUCAGGAUCUGUCCUUCCAGUGAGCACUCAGGGCACUGAUUUCCUUCAGAAUAGAGAGGUUUGAUCUUCUUGCAGUCCAUGGGACUCUCAAGAGUCUCCUCCAGCACCAGAAUUCAAAAGCAUCAAUUCUUCGGCGAUCAGCCUUCUUUAUGGUCCAGCUCUCACUUCCAUACAUCACUACUGGGAAAACCAGAGCUUGAACUAUACAGACCUUUGUUGGCAAGUUUGUCAUUGGCUGUCAACUUACAGAUUUGAAAAUAAGGGACCAGCAGCCUCGAAAAUAAGGGAUCAGCUGCCAAAAUAAGGGAUUUUAGUCAACCAGCUGAGGUUAGAAGGGACCAGAUAAUUUUGGAGAGCAGCACCGGUUUUUAGCCCUUCGUUUCCAGAGGUUGCUCAAGACACCAGCCGAUGAAACACUGCAAUUAAAUAACUACAAGCAGCAACCACUUUUUGCACAAAACAAAGUCCAAGCUACGAAGAUGCUGCUGCAGUUCUGUAUCUUUUCUCUCGUGCUCCAUCUGCAGCUCUCAGUUCCAUCAGGCGGGGCGGGAGGAAGGGGGGGGGGAAUAGCACCCAAAGUAAACCCGCAGAUCAGACCAUCUAUGCUAGUCUACCACUACAAAUCUAUGGGACAAGUGCUUGCGGUCCUUCCCUUGUAGCCCUUGGAACACCUGCCUCCUCCUCCUCCUCUCUCUGAAUUGCUUUCUCUAUGCUUGCCCUCGCUCACCUUUCAAAGCUCAGCAAUUCAUAGGCCAUGCCAGGCUGCCCAUCUUAACUGGGUCCUUCGGCGGCUGCAGUACGGCCUAGCUGGAGCGGUGGGCAGAGGGGAGGCCCCAGUCAGAGAUACUCAGUUCGGUGGCCGCGAGGAGCAUGGUGGUGGAAGGGCCCGAGUCUCCCACCAGUCCCGGCGGGGAGGGGCUCCCGGGGGCUGAGGCUGGUGAGAGGAGGCCGGAGGGGGGCGGGCUGGGCAGCCAAGCAACACAGUUGGAGCCUCCCUCCUCCCUGGACGGCAGGGAGGGAGGGAGAGGAGCUGCUUCCUUUGAAACCCGGAAAUUUAAGGGACAUCAUCAAUAAGGGACAGCAGCGGGACACGGCGCUGGGAUAAGGGAGUUUCCCGCCAAAUAAGAGACGGUUGACAGCUAUGGGCAUUGGGCCUGGGGCAACGGGGAGCAGCAGGGGCUUCUCUGGCUCUGCCCUGAGGCAUCCGUGCCGCUGUCACCCUCCCCCCAAAGCCUCAGGUAUGUAAGGAUCCCCAGAAAACAGUCUCAAGAACCCCGGCAAAGCAGCAGCCUCUCUCUAGAUUUAAAAAUCUCCACUACUGCUGACAUACUGUAUUUUCCCGUGUAUAACACACCCUUGUGUAUAACACGCUCCCUAUUUGGGGGGACUCAGAAUUAAGAAAAAAGGGGGAGAUUGCCCAGAGUAGUGAGUUGUUGAGCUUUUUUUUAGGGGGGAUUGCCAAAAAUUGAUCACCCGCCUGACCUACGCUGCCACUAGUGCACGUAGGAAAAACCACGGAUCCUCGGUCCCCUUGCUGCCAGUCGCCCGCCCAAUUGCCACAGCAACAGCAUAUCAACACCAGCCCUUGCAGCAGCCACCAAUAACACUGACAAUCUCUGGCUCGCAGCACCAAACAAUUCCCACAUACCUCCCCCAUGCACUAUCCAUGUAUAAGAUGACCCCCAAUUUUUAACCUAAUUUCUUAAUUAAAAAAAACCUCGUCUUACACACAGAGAAGUACAAUAAUUUGGGGUUGAAGGCAGCAAAAGCAGUGACAUCUUGCAGGACUUCCUGGCUGUGCUCCUGCUCCCUCCCUCACCCUGCGGACCCUUUUUUCGAAACAGUGGAAAGGCCAGAAUCUCACCAGACCUGUUAGGUCUAGAGCAGGGACGUCCAACUCCCAAUAGACUGCGAUCUACUCACUGUAUAAAAAAACUGGCAGUGAUCUACCCAUUGUCAUUGGAUGGACCAAAGUUGUUGGGGGGGGGAGGAGAUCACUGAGGGGCCAAAGAUCUACCAGGAACACCCCACAAUCUGCCAGUAGAUCACGAUCUACCUGUUGGACGUGCCUGGUCUAGAGUGUUCAGUUUGGGUCUCUGCUGCCCCCCCCCCAUUUCUGCCAGGGUCUCUGUUUUAGACCCGCCUCUUCCCUGUCUUGUGAGAGCUCCAGAGGCUUGUCAUGUGCUGGAAGUUUUGUGUGUCCUCAGUAGUUUGGACACCUAAGGGUUACGUAAUGCACUUCUGGCAGGGAGAUAUUGCAUGACGCCCCCUUGGGUGCUUUCUGAGAGCAGUGAGAAGAGGGUCCCUCCAGAAAACGCCUGCAGAAGAACUGGAGUGUUUGUAACUAACUGUUGCUUCAAUAAAAUGGGAGAGAUGCUGUCAGACCAUCAUGCUUGGAAAGUGACAAAUGUUUGGACCUUACGGUGUUCUGCCUGGUGCCCAGAGGUUCAGUGUCUCAAAAAAGGUGGAUGGAACAAUCACAGCCACAUCCCGGAGAGGCUCUUGGUGGCUUGGCAUGGCCAGAGGUAAGACAUCAUUUUGGGAAGGGGGAUUCUGUUUAUCUACUGUGUGACCUGAGAAUGAAAACCAACAGUCAUUGGUUCAGCUGAAGCCUUGCUCUGCAAACUCCCAAGUGCUAGGGCUCAGAGUAAUACCAAACAGUAUUGCUCAGAGGAGACCUGUUGAAAGCAAUGAGUGUACUCUGAUUAACUUUUAAUACUGCUAAAGGAGUUCCUCCUAGUUUCCUCUUUGCUCUCUUUUUAGUUGUAUAACAGUUGAUACCUAAGAACACAGGAGCCUGCUGGAUUAGGCCAGUGGCCCAUCUAGACCCGCAUCGUGUUCCCACAGUGGCCAACCCAAGUGCCCCACUGGGAAACCUACAAGCAGGAUUUGAGCUCAAGAGCAACUCUCCCCUCCUGUGGUUUCCAGCAACUGUUGCUCGGAAGCCUUGCUGCCUCCAGCUGUGGAGGCAGAGCAGAGCCAUCCUGGCCAGUGGCCAUCAAUAACCCUCUCCUCCGUGAAUUGUCUAAUCCUCUUUUAAAGCCAUUUAGGUUGGUGGCCAUGACUGCCUGCUGUCGGAUUGAGUUCCAUGGUUUAAUUUCUGUGCUGUGCAUUGUAGUCUUUCCUUUUAUCUGUCCCAAAUCUUCUAACAUUCAGCUUCAUGUGUUAGGAGAGAGGGAGAAGACUUUUUCUCAGUGCCGUGAAUAAUUUUAUAAACCUAGUUUGAUUGGUGAUGGAGCGGUCUGGAGUGAAUAUGUUUUAUUGUGUUUGGAAAUCUGGGACCAGUCUUGUCCUGCUGAGAGGGGUGCUCUUUCCUUGUAUUGAGCUUGCUGUCCCGCGGGCAGUGGGGGUAGGCUCUGCAGUAAUGCCCGGAUCCGGACACAUUUUCCUCUCUUUCUAAAAAUGAGCUCUUGGCUGGUGCCAGAGCAGCUCUCUGUUUCUCACCCUCCCUCCUCUUCUGCCUCUUUCCAUCUCCCGGUUGCGCUGCUCUGCCUUCCGCCUCUUGGGUUCUUCUUUCACACUCUGAUUAGGGAGCCAACAAUUUGGUUUUUGGCUCUGCUAAGUGACUUAGUAUUGACACAGUCUGUCUCACUGGGGCUGGAGGGAGUCUGGGCCAAGAGGGCUAGCAGGGUGGAUGCUGCAGCGGUGUUCCAGUUGGUCAUGUAACCCCCUGCUCUUUUGCCAGGGAUCCAGACAGCACACCAGGCAGCUCCAGAGACACUAGCCAGAGCCUUGCUUGCAGGGUGAUGUCACCAAAGGGCAGACAAAGCCUUUGAAUUGGGGUGAGCCUUCCAAUGGGCCAGGCUCCCCCAUCGAUCCUCCUCUCUGGCUUUUGGUUACUUCACCUCUGCCCAGCGCACAGAAUGGUCUGGCGCUCAAAUCCUUCACUCUCUUGCCUUUCAGGCCAUGUGACAUGCACCCCAGUUUAAAUCUGUGUGCUGGCUUUCUGUUUGCUCUCAGGUCCACCACAAACUCCUCCUUUUCGAAGCCUUCUAUGCCAGCCUGCCCUCUCUGCUUCCUGUGGCCUUUGCGCCUCCACCCUCAGCCACGCAGAGGUCGCCCGGACCCUUGAACGCUUCUGCCCCAGGUGCCUUAAACUUGGAAUAUUUCUGUCUCAGGGUUUUCUGGGACCCUUCUCAGAGUUUGCUACCAUGA